AUGGCGGCUUCACCACCUCGAGACCUCGAAUCGGGAAGGGCCCAGCUCGAGGUCGAGGAUCCCAACGCCGCGACCAAGAACGACGAGAUUCCGACUUCAAAGGGUUACAAGCUUCACCCGUCGGUGUACAUCAUAACAUGGAUCUUCUUUUCCAACCUUACUAUUCUGUUCAACAAGUGGCUCAUUGACACUGCUAAUUUCCGAUACCCCAUCAUCCUCACAACAUGGCACCUCGUCUUCGCAACCGUAGCAACCCAGCUCCUCGCCCGCACCACGACCCUCCUCGACUCCCGCCACGCCCUCCCUCUCUCGCGGAGCAUGUACAUCCGCACCAUCCUCCCCAUCGGAAUCCUCUACUCGAGCUCCCUCGUCUUUUCGAAUGUCGUCUACCUCUACCUCUCGGUCGCCUUCAUCCAGAUGCUCAAGUCGACGGGUCCCGUGUGCGUGCUCAUCGCCUCGUGGAUCUGGGGCGUUGCGCAGCCCAACAGCACCACGCUCGCAAACAUCAUGCUCAUCGUGUUUGGCGUUGGACUUGCUAGUCUAGGAGAGAUUGAGUUUUCGUGGCUGGGCUUCAUCUUUCAGAUGUGCGGUACCAUUUCUGAAGCUGUGCGUCUUGUCAUGAUCCAGGUCAUGCUCAGCGCAGAGGGCCUUCGCAUGGAUCCUCUCGUCGGUCUCUACUACUACGCCCCCGUCUGCACAGUCAUGAACUUUGUGGUUGUUAUUUUCAGCGAGGGUCCCAAGUUUCAGUGGGAAGAUGUAACCAAGGCUGGCUAUGGCAUGCUGUUCCUUAACGCGUUUGUUGCGUUUAUCCUCAACGUGGUCAGCGUUUUCCUGAUUGGCAAGACUUCUGGCCUCGUCAUGGCUCUGAGCGGCAUCCUCAAGAGCAUUCUCCUCGUCGCCGCCUCCGUUCUAAUCUGGCAAACAAAGAUCACCAUCCUCCAGGUCCUGGGCUACUCCCUCGCCCUCGUCGGCCUCGUCCUCUACUCCGUCGGAUACGAGCAGCUCGUCAAGGGCUGGCACGAGACGCUCACCUGGGCCGCUGGUGUCUGGAACGCCGAGGGCGACAACAAGAUGUCGCCUACGAUGCGCAAGGGCAUCAUCGUUGGUGUCCUUGGCUUCUUCACUGUCGUCCUUGCUGGCUCCCUGUGGCACUUCCACGGACUUUCUAGCCAGCAGGUAGUGAGCCUGACGAGUUCUUGGUUCAACAGUGCGACAUGA